GAACUUGUAUUGUUCAGUAUUUUGAAGUUCGUUCUUGCAUGGGGAAAUGCUCAUAACAGUGUAGGUAAAUCUGCUUAAACUGGUCCAGUGACAUCUUUCAGGACUGAAACAUUACAAAGGUUCCUGACUGCCUCAAUUUUGGGCCCUGUGACAGGCUUCAAUAAGCCUUUCAGGAAACACCUUAUGAUCUGGUGAUUGAAACCCCAGGCUGGAGAGAGGGAAUGACUGAGUUUUCAAAAGAUUGUAAGCAAAAACAAAAAAAACCCUCACUGACCAGUCCAUACUGAAAUGAGUUCUGUGGAGAAAUCCUGCUCAGAUACCAUGAUGAUGGGUGGAGAAGAAAUACCUAGACAGAGAUGUUUUCUUUAACAGCAUGAAAAGUGGCACCAACACUUCUCAGCUUGUUGUACACUUCCUACUAAUGCUAAUGACAAUAAUGGGCAGGUACUGAAGUGCUAUACCUCCAGGGUUUCAGCACAGGAGUAAGAAAAGGAGAACUUGUGGCACCUUAGAGACUAACGAAUUUAUUUCAGUAUAAGCUUUCAUGAGCUACAGCUCACUUCAUCGGAUGCAUGCAGUGGAGUAGUUGGUUGUGGAUUGUUUUUAAAUGCAAAAAACGCAAAAAAAACAAAAUUAGAGUAAUGUUAAAUAUCUGGCUUGUGAGUGAACCUAUCAACUUGAUGUUUUAUUAAGAUUCUUAUACCACCCUUAUCACUAGUAUCUGAGCACCUUCCAGCAAUUCACUAAGCCAGGAGACUAACAUCUGUGAGGUAUGGUUCAUUCUCUUUCUCGUCCUCUUUGUAAGGAAGAAUUUUGUGUGCAGCUGUGUCUCAGUAGGGGAUUGUUUUAAUAUUUUUUUAACAUGUACACAUUGCUGUGUGUUUGCUAGAGAAGGCAGUUGGAAGACAAGAACCUUGCAUUUGGAGCAGAAGGUGGUGCUUUUGAUGGUCAUUAGUUCCUGCGGGGUUUGUCCUGCUGUCUGUGACAGGCCCCCAAGAAAUCUCAGACUUUCGCACAGAUGAGCUUUACCCUUUUGGUAAAAAGUUCCAUUCUGCCUGAGGAGCAAAGCUGUCUAGAAGGAUCUUCAUCCCGGAGCAUGAAGCAGUCUUUUAGAUGUCAAUGCUUUAACCUUCUGUGAGAGAUGAUACAUCUGUGAUGGAGUCACGGGGAGAAUGAGUAAAAGAAGCUUUGCUUACUUAAAUCAACAGUAUGGAGGAACAAUGGACUGGCCCCCCAACAAAAGUCAACAGAUGCUGGGGGAAGGUGUCCCACCUGAAAUGGAGAUGAUCUGGAAAGCUGAAGCACUCUGAAUGAACCAACAUGGGUUUGCGACUGUUGGGUUGUCUCUUUAAUUUACCCACUGCUGUGAUCUAUGGGUCCCUGUCCCUCUUUGUUUCCAUUUUGCACAAUGUAUUCCUCCUAUAUUAUGUGGACACCUUUGUUUCUGUUUACAAGAUUGAUAAACUGUCCUUUUGGAUUGGGGAGACAGUAUUUCUAAUUUGGAACAGCCUCAAUGACCCUUUCUUUGGCUGGUUGAGUGACCGGGUAUUUCUUAGCACACAACAGUCAGGGGUGGAGAUCUCCUCACCAGAAGUCAUUCUGAAGAGACUUAAGGCACUGAGCCGCAACGGGCCCCUUUUUGCCAUCUCUUUCCUGGCUUUCUGGGUUUCGUGGGCCCACCCAGGUCUGCAGUUCCUCCUCUGCCUCUGUCUCUAUGACAGCUUUCUUACCAUGGUGGAUCUCAACCACAGCGCCUUGCUCGCAGACCUUGCUGUUUCUGCAAGAGACAGAACUAGCCUAAAUUUCUACUGCUCGCUUUUUAGUGCCAUCGGUUCCUUCUCUGUCUUCAUGUCCUAUGCAGUGUGGAACAAAGACGACUUCUUUUCUUUCCGGAUAUUUUGUGUGGCGCUGGCUCUCUGCUCUGUUGCUGGAUUUGCUCUGGCAACGGGGCUGCUCAGACAACGAUUUGAGACUGAAGUGAAAGUGAAAUGGGACCAAGAAUCAACUUUAAAAGAAUUGUACAUUGAGCAACCAUCUGCCCCGCUGGAGAAGAGGAUUACGUUGGGAGAAUAUCUCAAACAGCUGUCCCGGCACCACAACUUCCUCUGGUUCGUCUGUAUGAACCUAGUACAGGUUUUUCACUGCCACUUUAACAGCAACUUCUUCCCUCUCUUCUUGGAACACUUGCUGUCAGAUCGGAUCUCUCUCUCUACAGGAUCCUUCCUACUAGGUAUUUCCUACAUCGCCCCUCAUCUCAACAACCUCUAUUUUCUGUCUCUCUGUCAAAGAUAUGGGGUUUACGUGGUGGUGCAAGGGCUUUUCUUCCUGAAACUGGCUCUCAGCAUCAUCAUGCUUCUAGCUGGACCCGACCAGGUGUAUCUGCUCUGCAUCUUCAUAGCCAGUAACCGGGUGUUCACAGAAGGAACGUGCAAGCUGCUGAACCUGGUUGUCACUGACCUGGUGGAUGAGGAUUUUGUCUUGAACCGCAGGAAGCAGGCCGCCUCAGCACUGUUGUUUGGGAUGGUUGCCUUGGUAACCAAGCCAGGCCAGACCUUUGCCCCCCUGAUUGGCACCUGGUUGCUCUGUACUUAUACUGGUUAUGACAUUUUCCAGCGGGCCCCUCUGAGCAACGUGGUGAGUGCCCAACCAAAGCUGGCAUCCAACACAGCCUGGGAACCAACUCUGCGCCAGGGCUGCUUUUACCUCCUCGUCUUCAUCCCCAUCACAUGUGCAUUAUUGCAGCUCCUCAGCUGGUCGCAGUUCAGCCUGCAUGGAAGGCGCCUCCAGACGGUCAAGUCCCAGCGCCAGAGCCUGACUCAGAGUCGAUCACAAGAGAUCAAAAUGAUCUAGAUGUGCCUGAGCCCUUCAGCUCUCACUGGCUCUGUGCUGUGGGUGUGGUUACGCCUCUGUACAGUCCAGGGGAUGCAGACUGAGGCAAAGGGACUUGCUGGUUAAGAACUGAAAGUGUUUACAAUUCAACUGUGAAAUACUCACAAUGCAGAUGUUUCCUCGCUCCAGGGGACAGUCGGUUUGGCAGGCAGGUACUCCAGAGACAGGGGUGACUGGUGCGUGCUCAGAUUGGGGGUGUUUGCUCAGGCUAUCAGAUGGAGUCUUAGCUCGUGCACUUUCACCCAGGGCCCACUGAGGUGUUGCUGAUCUCAAGGGAGGGUGGGUGACAGUGACAUAGAGUAAAGGAGACACAUUCUAACACAGUCUCUAGUGCAAUAUCUCACUCCCAUCGGUGGGAAAGCAGAUGCUGUUGGGCCAGCCCAGUGGUGGUUUUGUGCAGUUCCAUCCAGGAAACCUGGGCUCAGGGUAGCUCUGCAUUGGAAACGUUACCAGUGUGCUGCUAGUUAAGGGAGUGACUUGUUUUUAUUUUUUACUGGCAAAAGUCCCAGUGUAGAUGCAGUUACACAGGCAAAAUAAAGCUUUUGUGGAUAAAGCUUAUUUGAUUCAGGGAACUGGUAUCGGGCACACAGGCAAAGCACUCUUGUGUGGCUACAGGCUGCCUCUCCACCUAGCCCUACCUGCAGCCCUUUCUAGUGUGAACUAGGCCUAUGUCUCCUGCCCUGCUCUCGCGCCCUCGCUCACCAGGAGCAGGCAGGGUUGCAGAGGCACUGUGGUCAUCUCCUUCAGGGAAUGGAUGCUGUUCCUCACCAGGCCCUGCAGCCAGUUAGGGGGCAGGUGUGACAUUCUCUGGCAGGGGAGGGCUGGAAGAAGUGGUGACUCUGAGGCAGGGCCCUCGAGUUAGAAAGGGGUUUACAGGAUGAAAAAUUGGGACAGGGGACUCUUUUGGGAAUUGGGAUUUGAGACUCUUCAGUGUAGCUACUCCCUGCUGACGUAAUGUCUUACACCUAAUUCACUGCAGAGCAGUGACGGUUCUUAGAUCAAGCCCAUUCUGUUGGGUUCAGGACAGGCCUGUUCCCUGGAAUCAUUUAAUGUGAAGCAGAAUCUCUUUAGCAAGAUCAACACUAGUAUUGCAGCUGCAGAAGUCUCUCCUGGGAUGUUACUAAAUGUGACACUUCUUGAAGUCAUUCAACAGUCCAGAAGAAGCUGGGGGGACUUGCCCAUUGAGCUGGGAGCCCAAAUGAGGGGAACUCUUUGCUCAGAGUCCCAGUGUUAAUCGCUUUCAUGCAACCUGCAGAGGCUUGUGUGAACGGGAUGCCGGACUCUCUGUAGUGAACGGGCACCUUCCCUGUGUUACUGCCUUUCUCGGGGGUUGAUUAUCUGCUUCUUUCUCUGCUAAAUGGCUCAUGGUUCUUGAAGCCCAUUUUUAAACAGAAUGUAGGACCUCCUGACGCGGGGAGGGGUUGCUCUAGAGCCAAAGGGAAUUGGUACAGCAACACCAGCUUUGUUGGGGACCUGUACACCAGCAAGACCCAUACCCAGUGAGAGUGCUGAGCACUGUAACCCCCCCUCUUUGCAGCCCGUAAGUAAGGCGGCACAGGGCCUUACCACACAAGCCCUUGCUCACAAAAGCAUUCAUCCCUGCAGUACAAGUAAUCCCCCUGCAAUCAACAGAACUGCCUCAGCCUGGAGCUGUAGGAUUGAGCUCCAUGGAACCAAACUACCUGAUAAGGGGAAUAGUUCUGUGUCCCCCCCCAGUCUGGGGGGAGUGGAGACUCUAUUUUAAAUCAUCUUGACAAAUCUUAUUAUGAGCCUAAGACUGAGCCUCUCUACUGCUGGGGAGGGGAAGCUCAACCCUGCCCUGCUACCAGGUGGUUCUUGUACUCGUGGUUCUUCUCUUCUACCAUUGGUGAAAUUCAGGCCCCAUUGAAGUUGAUGGUAAAACUUCCACUGACUGCAGUGGGGGCAGGAUUUCACCCCAUCUGUGUAAAUAGAUUUUUAUUUUAUGUCAUCAGAGUAUACGUGCUGCGAAUUUAGAGCAGUAUCUAAACUAGUGAGAAUGGCAGCUCUGAUGAUAAAUUGCUUAGACUUUUUUGUCUUGUUUUAAACCAUGUCCUAGUAGUUGACUAGCUCAGCAGCCAAACAGAAGUUCUGGAGCGAGAUAGCAAGAGAGGUUGAAAUCUAUAAAAGGCCUUGAUCACGCUGGGGUCGGAACAAGCACACAUUUGUAGCUAGCACAGUUCUGAUCCGGGUUGCAUGCAGGGGCUGUUGAUCUGUGAAAUCCCCUAACUGGUUUGUCUCGGAACGGUUUAUGCUGAAUCUAUUUCUGCUUGAGUCAACAAAACUGGAUCAUGACCAAGAUGCAUCAUGCAAAACAUUUUGGGAUUUGGUUUCAGUUUUGGCUGGAGGAGGACAAGCACCCGCCUACUCUCUCAGCUGUAGGAGAACAAGGAAAGCAUAGGGAGCAUGUGAAGGCCAAACUCCCCCAUCAUGUAUGUGCUGUGUAUUCAGUUAGACACCAGCUAGGUGCCCCCGUUGGGGCUUCCUCUUGUUCUGCUGUUAAGGGUGGAGCCAGCCAAACUACUGCCAUGUCACCUCAGGACACAGCCGCCUCGGCUCUCGGACCAAGAUGUAACGAAGCUGUAAUAGUUACUGCCUGGAGGCGUCUAUAUCUUUUGAUGGUUAAAUCAUAACUUAUUUAUGUAAUUUUUAACAAACUUUGACAGAUUCUUCAUUUCCUAAUGAGCUGAUUAAAAAUUACCUUUUCUGUA